AUAAACCAAACAGACCUAAAAUAUAAUAACAAUACCAUAUAUCUUUCUCAAUCAUUAUCCAAUAUAGUAAUUAAUCAUUUCCAAUUAAUGGCAAUGAGAAAGAGCUACCUCUCUCUAGGAGGAAAAGAAAGGAAAAGUCCUAUGCCUUGUAGUGCUAGUUCUCUACAAUUCGAGUUUGAUGAAUCUGAUAUAUGGAAUAAUACUAAUAGUUCAGACGAAAUUCUUCCUCAAAAAUCAAUACCUAAUUCCCGUUUCUUGAAAAAAUCAGCAAAAAAAUCUGGAGGGAAGGCAAUAUCUGCAGCAACAUCAAUGCCAGUGAACAUACCGGAUUGGUCGAAAAUCAUAGGUAAUGAUUACAAGAAUAAUUGUCUAAGAGAGAGAAACGAUAACGAUGACGACGAUGAUGACGACAACGUGGACAGUAGAAUUCCACCUCAUGAAUUAUUGGCAAGGACAAGAGUGGCUUCAUUUUCCAUGCAUGAAGGUAUGGGAAGGACACUUAAAGGAAGAGACUUGAGUAGGGUGAGGAAUGCUAUUUGGAAGCAAACUGGUUUUGAAGAUUAAUUAACUACUUAGUUUUUAUUUAAUGGACUAAUGUGUUAUGGUUUAGUAUGUCAGCCCAAAACAAACGGCUCUGAAACAAACAAAAAGGUGCGUGAUCGGACUAGAUAGGCUCAGGCAGCUUGACCUUUUUAGCUAUGACUUAUAAUAAGUUGGUCUUAUUCUCAAAUCUCCAUUUUGUUGAUAUCCUCUUUCCUUAAAUUAUGUAAAGUCAUUGGAUUUUUGUAAUUGAAACUUCAAUCAAGAGGAUCAGUUUGUAGUUUCUAACUUUUUAAUUCAAUUUCGGAAUAUA